GAUACAAAAAAGAAGUAGAAACUAAUUCUACACGCUCCAUGUGACCAUACGUUUAGAUGAUAUAUAAUUCAACGAAGUAAACGUGUUAAAUAUUAUAUUUGUAUCUCAAAUUUAAAAGAAAUUGAAUUCUAAUAUUAUUUUGAAUAAUUUUUAUUAAAAAUCUCAUUAGAUGACGAUUGUAUCAUAUACAUGUUAAAUAAAAAAGAAGAAUGUCAUAAUAGAUAUGUGUGGGGGGAAAUGAACUGAAGCAAAUAAGGUCAUAAUGCAUCUUGUUAAAUUGCUUCUUUGGCGGUUUCCAGUGAAAAAGUGUUUUCAAGUUGUAAUUUUAUUCCAAUGAUAAAUAAUUAUGGAUGUUUUAUCGUUCGAUUUAAAAAAAGAUAAUGAGGAUUCUUUAACAUUACGAAACUCAAUGUUCAGUAUGGACUAUGAUAGCGGAUAUAUUUCUAACAAUUUGGAAUCGAAUUUGGAUACUUACAUGGAUGAUAAUAGACAUUCUGUGAAUACCGUGAAUAAUAGACCAAUUUAUUUGAGUGAGGAUGCUUUAUUAGAAACUCCGGAAGUGAAUAAAUACUCUAAUAUUAGUCUAGAAAUUGAGAGGGAAGAUUUCGAGGAAACGAGACAUAUUUUUAGUUCCCCUCCGUCUAGUGCGUCUACUACAGAAGUACCUGCAUCUGUUGGAAGUAGAGAGAUGAGUUAUUCGGGCUUCGAUACGGAAGAAUCAAAUUCUUCUAUAAAAAUUCCAUAUUGUAAACAGAUAAUUGUAAGUGAGUACAACUCACCCGAUAUUUGUAUGGUAAAAAGAGAUAUUUAUAGAGAACAACACUUAAAAAAUUUCGUUUUUAAUAAUAUUACUAAUACUUUAACAUUUAAUGAUGCAAAGAAAAAGUUGACGUUAAUUUUUUCAAAAGAUGACAAAGAAAAUGUUUAUAGUGUUAAAAGGAAGUAUCCUAGUCUAACGCCAGAAAAAAGUUUUAACUCUGAUAACUCAUUUUGCUUUCCGACUCCAAAAAAAUUCAAAAAGGUUUCUAAUAGUGAAACGAGUAAAGAAAGCGAAUCUAUUAUCGAUAAUUCUUUAUGUGUAUCCUCGGAAUCGGGAUUAAAGGGUAGUGAAAAUGCGGAUGUAUCUCACAAUGGGGAUGAAGAAAAUUUGAAUUGUGAAAAAGGUGAUAUUUCAAUUCGAAACAUUACAAUGUCUACUUUGGGUGAACAAUCAGAUUUAGAAGUAAGUAAUAAUGAGAAUAUUGAAUGUUAUGACAAAUUUCUUGAAUCGGGAGAUAAGAAUUCUGUAAGAUUUGACGUAUCAGAAGUAAUUAAUAUUAAAAUGACUAAAGAAAAUGUUUCUGUUAAUAUAUCAAAAAUUGCUCAAGAUAACGAACAUAUUCAGAAUAUAUGUGUGGAAAAUCAAUCGAACGAUAACAAUUUACUAAAAUCAUUUGAUGAUGAUUCUACAAAUUCUGAAGUAUUCAGAGGAUUUGAAAAUGAUCGAUUAUUAGAUUCUAAUAAAAUGGAAACAAUUGAAGCGCUCCGAAGAAAUAGCGAAGAAUUACAACAAAAUAUCGAUUUAAAUAAUUUCGCAAUAACUUCUACACCCGAAAAGCCUUUAAAAAAUCCAAACAGCGCUAAUUUAAGUCCGGAUCUUUUUACAGAUGAUGUAGAAGAAAAUAUUCCCGUAAUAGUACCAAUUGUGUCGUUUACUCCGAAAGAAAAGAAUAUAGACAAAAAAGAUUAUAUGAUUUUAAGGAGAACACAGAAUAAUUUAAAAGGGGUAAUACCUCCGCGUAGUUUAACCACUAUUAACAUUUCAGUUACUGAAAUGUUGAAGAAAAUUGAUAAUAAUAAAGGAUAUUUUUGGAAAAGUUGUACUAAUGUCCAAUCUAGUCGAAACGAAUCAAAAUCAAUGCUGAUCACUUGUCCUUUGGAGAAUUGCAAAAAUAAAGCGUUUCCAGAUGUUUUAAAGGAUAGGAGUCUUGGUUUAUAUUACAACAGAAGUAAAUUAUCUGAGGAAUUCGAAGAAUUAUGUGGAAAAUAUGGUCAAAGAUAUGUUGGUAUGGAAACGCAAUCGUCCUGUACAGUAUUUGAAACAAAUACAGCAAGUCCUACCAAAAGAAGAAAUGUAAAGCCGCAAUGGAACCUCAAAUCUCCAGGAAAAAGGCUCAGUCAUCUGGCUAGGAGAAGAAUAACGUUUUCUAGUGCUAAUUUACAAUUGGGUAGUUCGUUUUCAGCUGGAUCUAGGGCUAGACAAAUUCUAGUAGACGCAAAAAAAAUGGACCUGUUGAGCAGAAGGAGAAGCCCUAGGAAAACCCCGAAGAAAACACCCGGAAAAAGUCCAAGGAAAAAAACUCGAACGCCCAGUAGUUCAGCUAAAAAAAAAUUAGCGAUGAGAUUUCGUAAAGUUACAGGGGAAAUUGAAAAAUCAGAUUCUUCGUUAACUUUAUCCGCAAAAAGAACUUUGUUCCACAGUCCGGAAGAAAAUAAAAAAUCCGGUCGAUUAUUACCAAGUACAUCGGGAACACUAUCUACGAAUGAACUGAAGACUUCGGCUACAAAAAGAGCCUUAUUUAUGUCACCGAGUAAAAGUUCACCAUUGAAAAGUAUGGGAUUCAAACGAACACCGGUUAAAAGAUUAGAUUUUGGUAUGGAGGAGAAGAGGAAACGCGCGGAUGAUUCUCAAGACGAACCGCUUAGCAAAUUCCCUAGAUGCCAAUCAGCGCCGUCCUCAUCCGAAAUCGAUACCAGAUCUUUGAAUUCCAGAACGAAGAGCGAUUUCAGUCUAUCGCAAAAUAGACAAACCAAAGAACUUACCACUAAUAAUAAGAAGAAACUUCAAUUGGCAGUUUACGAAGCACUCAGAUCUCAAAACGUCCUACCGACUCAUCCAAAAUUCAAAAUUUUUGCAUCGAAUUUGGGUAGAUUGACGAAAAAAUUAUUUCUACCGACAUCCGCAGAUUGCGUCGGAGUAACAGAAAAAAUGUUGCGCAUAGCUCGUCAUCACGUUAUACCAGUGGUGAAGGGUAAAUCAGUAGAAGAAAUAUACGAGGAGUAUAUGAAAAAUAAAGCGAAGAAUGUGAAACCUCAAGGUUAUAUAGCGCCUUAUGAGGAAAUGAAACCGAUUGCUAUCAAGACUUGUGAUAGUAAAGUUGAUCGUAUACGGAAGGCUAUAAAUUUCGGUGACACUUAAAUUUGUUUUUUAUUAAUUUAUAUUCUAUAAUUGUUUUAAUUGCUUAUAGGGGAGGAAAAAUAAAUAUUUUAAUUUGC